AUGUCAGGCAGGAACAUAUCUGUGAAGCUGGCUGAUAACCACAAGAGCAAAGUGGUGCAGGCACAGUUACCUGCAGCAAUGGUUCCCGCACCCAUGCCUCUGGCAGCUGGGUACCCACAGCCUGGAUUAUCACAUACCAACGCCACCCCUGUUGGGUAUGUUUAUCCUCAGGCUAUGGGAGCAUACUCUAACACUGCAUAUCCAAUUCCGCCGCCAGCGGCUUCUCAAUACUCGACCCAACCUCAUAUUUCAUAUCCCCAAUAUGCUGUAAAGAAAGAUCCCCUUGGAGCUUCACCUACACAUGCUGGAACCGGCGGGUAUCCAUACUACAUUCCCAAGCAAUGA